ACAAAUCAUAACAUCAAAACCAUCACUUCAUACUCACUAGUCACUAUAGCUCACCCUUGAAGAAGUGCAAUUUCAUCCUCUAACUCUUCCAAAUCAUGGCUAGCUCACUGCUUGUCAUGAAGGUUACAAGCUGCAUGGUUGCGGUGUUGAUGGUUAGUUUUGGACACAUAAUUCCCUUGGCAGAAGCUGAAAUUCCAUGUGGCAGGGUGCAAAUCACAGUGGCUCCAUGCAUAGGGUACCUAAGGGGUCCUGGUGGAGGUGUCCCUGCAGCAUGCUGCAAUGGGGUUAGGAGCAUAAACAAGGAAGCCAAAACCACCCCAGAUCGUCAAGGGGUGUGUAGGUGCCUCAAAACCACUGCUUUGAGCUUGCCUGGACUCAACCUUGCAACCCUUGCAGCUCUCCCUAGCAAAUGCGGGGUCAACUUGCCCUACAAGAUAUCCCCCACCAUUGAUUGCAACACGGUAAAGCACUGAGCAGUUGCACGAGGGUUUAUGCUUGUUGACUUUAAACUUGUUUCGCAGUAAUAAUCAGCAAAGAGAGAAUAAAGAUGGUUUAAUUUCUUCCAUUGUCUGGAUCCCACUAGGGAGUAUACUUUAUACUAGGAUGAUGAUGAUCUGCAUCUCCAUAAUGUUAUAAUAAUAAUGUUGGUUGUCCAAUGACAUAUUGGAUUUUCUAUCACUGAUAUAUAUCAUUCCUCGAUCUUCUCUUA